CUCCUUGUUCUUCAACCACUCAUAUGAUAUAUCCGCCGUAAAUAAAAAAUUACUUCGUAUGUGAGCAUGAUUCAUGGUGCAGUUAUGCAUUAUGCCCGAUUAUACCUCAAAACACGAAUGAAAUAAUAAUGGUUACAUUAAUUUCAAUAAAAUAAAUCAAUCGGUAAUUCCUCGCGAGGUCACAACUUUUCAUUUCCCCACUCAAACACUUAAAAAUAAGAAAAUGAUUGUUAAUUACCAGUGAUACUGUUUGUUUUGCUGCUCGAGUGUUAUCACAAUUGUCGAAAAUCUGUUGGUGUUUACCUCCAUUUCAAUAGUACAGAGAGAGCAGGAGAAUUUAUUAAAUAACAUACAGAUUGUCAACGAAAAUUCAUAGAAGAAUUUUCACUAACUUGAGUUUUGAAUUAAUACGAACAAUGGCUGGCGAACAAUUUUCCCUCGUAUGGAACAGUUUUCCAACGAAUUUAUCGUCUGGAUUGUACUCACUCCUGUCUGAUGAGCAUCUCGUGGAUGUCACUUUAGCUGCUGAAGGAAAAAUACUCAGGGCACACAAAUUAAUUUUGUCUGUAUGCAGCACGUACUUCCGAGAUUUAUUCAAGGGAAACAAUUGCAAACAUCCCAUAGUCAUCCUGAAAGACGUUAAUUACCGCGAUUUAUAUGCGAUGCUGCAAUUCAUGUAUCAGGGAGAGGUGAAUAUCCAGCAGGAGGAUAUUUCAAGUUUCCUCAAGGUCGCCGAGACACUGCAGAUUAAGGGAUUAACAAAGGACAGGAAUGAGAAUAAAGAGCCGUCUGAUGAACUAGCUGCUGAGCUCCUUCGAAGUGGAUUAAAAUCCGAGAUAGAUGAGAUUCCAGAGCCUCCGGAGGCAGCGGACCUCCUGGAGGAAUUUCCGCGACCUUUUGAUCACCUUAGUGCCUCUCAACGCGAUCUUCCAUCGAACAACUCUCCAGAAAUCCUCACAUCUUCCAGCGUAACUUUUCAAAUAUCUCCAGGAAGUCAUAUUCAAUCAGAGACCGAUGCCCCAGGCGUACGACCAAUUUUCAAUGACAAUUAUAUGAGUGCCGAAAGAAUACCCUGUGAUGAUAUCGAGCCAUUGGAUUUCACCUCCGAUAUGCAUCAGAAGCCUAAAGAAAAACCGUUGGACUAUAGAUACGGAAUGGGUUCAUCGACCUCAGGCCCUCAAGGGAAUUCAGAGAGUGACAGACAAACACCGAUUGAAGGGAUCUCUUAUCAAUCAGAUUAUGGAGAAGAGCCACCAGGUGUCCAGGACAACAACGGGGACUUUUCGAAAAAUCUCCCCUAUGACUCAUCUCAGCAAAAAUCCUCGAAAGGCCGAAGAACAGUCAAGGGAAUUCCCCACAGUACUCUACCCCUGGAGACAACCCUUCGAGUUGUCUCAGAACUUGGUCCAACGCUUAGAGUUGAAAGGGGUAAAGUUGUGAGAAUGUACUCGUGUCCAUGGUGUCUCAGGCACUUCACUAGGAAGGAAAAUCUCAAACUCCACGUUCGAUACAUCCAUGGCCCCCUCGAAAGCUUGACCUGCAAGCUCUGUGGCAAUAAAUACAAGAACAGCAACAGUCUUCGGGUACACUCGUAUCUCUAUCACAACACCAAACGCUCUAAACACAAUAAACCUCUCGUGCCCAGCAACAUCUGAGAUUCGUCCUCGACAUCCUGAGAUUUUAUUGUUUUAUUACGUUUUCUGAAUGUAGAGUAUUAUAAAUACACUUGUUAUUAAC